UUCCUUGUUAUUUUGAAAUUAAAAUAUCAUCACGGACUCGAAUCUAAUUAGAGAGCCUUGAAUUCAACAUACUUUAGGGAAAAAUGCACUCAAAUUAUCAUUAUAAGAGGACCCUGCUUUGUUGUCGGAGGAUGUGGUGUCGAUAUAAAUUUUCUCUUGAGCCAUUAAAACUUAAUGAAGCAAAGGUGAUGUUAGACAGGUCGGUCGAGAUUUAAAUACGGUACUGUGUGCUACUGCCAUCUGGGGGCCGAUCGGUGAACUAAUAUUUAUAGCUCAAUCCCGAGUUUGGCGUUUUAACCCACGAUCCUGCAUGCAAAGCUGUACGAAACGUGAAACAUGUAACUCGCGGGUCUGACCGAAAAUGUAUUAUGGGCUUUUUUUUACUCACUAGAAGAUCCUGCAACGGUGAGAAUACUUUUCGUUCUGUCGUGCUAGGGUCUAUCUGCACUUGCACUGCGGUAAACAACGCUGAAAAAAAGAAUCAUAAUUCCGCGUAGCACACGAUUCUUGUACGUGCCACUUGAUGGAUUUUUAUUGGCACGUGAACAUAUCAGGAGAGAGUACAGAAGCUUAAUUUUGAGAUAGGAAGUCUGUGAGUUGACUACGGAACGAAUGUAGGAAGUUAUCUCAAAAAUAUGAAAUACGUUACUUGUCAACGGAACAAAUGUAGAAUAUAUCCUUUUUGAAACAUAAAAUAAGCGACCUGUCUUUGGAACGGACGAUUAUAGGUGCAAAAGUCUAAGAAACAUUAUGGGUGAUACGUGCUCUGAGAAGACUUAAACUCUUCUUCAAAUUUUGGUUAAAAAAAAAGUAAAAAGGAAUUUUUAUGCAUGGUAAGGCUGUUUGAAUUCAGCACAGAUGAAAUAUAAUGUGCGGCGAAAUGUUAUAUUAACCAUAAUAAUAUUAAUCUUAAUACAUACGAACUAUCUAUCAUUAUUGCUAAAAAAUGGUAAUUAUAAGAUUCCAGCUGAGCUAAGAAAAAAGUGGAUUGUCUGCUUUGUUCUUGAGGUUAACCGUCCGGUCAUUCAUGGAUUAGUUUAUUUAAUUAUUCGCAUUCGAAGAUUUCGGGUGAUUAUUAAGUCGAUCACAAAUAACGUUGGUCUUGUUUGUUCGAUUAAAGACGAUCAAUUACAUGAAACGCAAUGUACGCGCCGUCUGUGACUAAACAGCGUCCUCUUCAGAUCGAAUGAUUUAAAUGAAACAUGAUGACACUUCAAAAAAAUUGGAUGAAAAUUGACUUUAAUUGCAAGUGUGCUCGAAUAUAGCUUGUGUAAGCCGUCUACACCAAUCUGAUCAUGUGUUUUUGAAAUAGUGAACGGGUCAGGAGGAAAGGUGAAUCGACACGGCAUCUUUACCGAAAACUACAGUAAAAAGAAAUCAAAAUUGAAGGCUUAAACCUAUAAAAGUGACUUUCUAAUCAGAGCAUGAAACGUGCAUUCGUUGCACUAUCCGAACUCAGUCGGCGCAUUUCACCCAACAUGUUGCUUGACAUGCAAAAGGAUGUUACGUCCCAAUGUCUUUGUAAAUAAAUCUUAAGAUAUUACAGAGGAAUAAAAGACGUUGACAUGGAUGACAUAACCAAGAAAAUUGAGAUGGCAUCUGCAAUUUCCUGCUAGGCGAAGCCUGAAGCUGACUGAACACCUUUUACAAAGUUAACGCACGAGGCGGGAAAUUUUAGCCCUUUACAAACGAUAAUUUAACCCUGAUCGCCGAGGGGCGAGGCGAGGCCGGGUUGAAAAGUAUUCCCUUCUACACCUACUGUUCGUAUAACAAGAGAAAUAUGUAUUACUUUUCUAUGUUAAAAAACUGAACUGCACUGAAUAUAUAAGGUGAGGAAUCACGCAUGCGUUUUACGAGAACACGACUUUCGGCAACUUGUUUUCAUCAUUUCUCUAGAGACAUUCUCCAAAAAAUAAAAGAAGAAAAAAUAUACAAAUUAACCGCUAAGCGUCAACACAGGUGUUUCGACACUUAAACCACACGACAACAUUAAGGGACGCCUUUUAACUAAACUAAGGUGUUUGUCAAUCAAGUACCGUUGGUGUUCGCAUUAAAUAGGUAUCCCCCUUUCUACGCAAGUUGUCGAGCGUGGCGUACUUUGAAAAAAAGGCUGCGGUUUGACCACUGCGUCUAAGUCCACACCACUGGGGUUGCCUGACCAGAAUGGGGCGGGAGUAGAGUGACGGAGAUACACAACUUGUUGCUGGCCGCGGCAAAGCUCAGAGGGAUUUCAGAGACAGUUUCAAGCCGAGGAGAGUUGUCUGUGCAUAUAUCAACAGAGGAUAUCAGUUACAUCAUUUACAUACGAUUAUUCCACCGCUGGCCCAGGCGAAUGUGGGGGAGCGGGCCCUUUAACGUAUGAAGUAGCGAACAUACCGCACAUACGUUGCCGAUGCGUAGAGUUGACGAAAUCUACCUCGAAACCUGACAGUGCAUAGAUACUAGCCCACAGCUGUGCCGAGAGCGCACGCAGACACUCUUUGAACUUUCGGCAGAGCCCUGAGAUCAGUUGACGGAAGGAAAUUUCGCAGUUUCUGAGCUAACAGGCGGCAGAGGCUGCAGCUUCUUUGCCACUGAGCAUACAAUCAGGCGGGACCUUGGAAAGAGGAGGCCACCGUUUAAGUUUAAGCUGCUGAGUGUUGAGUUCCCCCGCACAAAGUUCGCCACCAACUUCAACCUUUUCAUGAAUGGUGGAGGUUAGCGCGAGCAGCAGCAACAAGCCAAGCGUGCCAGAGCAUCGCCGUGGUGUGAUUCCAUAGAAAUGAUGUACAUCAGUGAACCAUAUCCCUACCAAUACAAUCCUAAACCCGAGUAUUAUCACCCGAAACCGACGCAAUACGCGGCCUGUGCCUACGAGGACGUCGGCCGGUUCGCUCACCACGCCGCCACCGCCGCCGGAUUUCACGAGGCGUACCACGGGGCCGUGAACCACCACCCCCUUGCUGGCACUUUUUACAGCUACAGCAGUUGUGCUAAAAGGGGGCGAGCCAAAGGCCACGGCAAUCUGAACCAAUUGGGAGGCGUUUUCAUCAAUGGUAGGCCCUUACCCGAUGUAGUGCGCCAGCGUAUUAUAGAGCUGGCACAACAGGGAGUGAGGCCAUGCGACGUCUCAAGACAACUACGUGUCUCACAUGGCUGCGUCAGCAAAAUUUUAUCCAGAUACUAUGAAACGGGUUCCAUCAAGCCAGGGGUCAUCGGCGGUUCCAAGCCGAAAGUUGCCACCCCCAAGGUUGUCGAUGCCAUUACGAAAUACAAGCAAGAAAACCCGACGAUGUUUGCUUGGGAGAUCCGGGACAGACUUCUAGCGGAGGGGGUGUGUUCGCAGGACAACAUCCCCAGUGUCAGCUCCAUUAACAGAAUCGUACGUAACAAAGCAGCCGAAAAAGCCAAGAGUCAGUCGCUCCACGGGGGUCAGCCUUCGCCUGUUUCCCCGGGGAACCCCAGCCCUGUGACUCUCUCCCAGGUGCCGACGAACGCGGACGCCCUGGGUAGACCCGGCCCCUACUCCAUGAGCACGAUACUGGGGAUCCCCAACCACUCCGUACAACAGGGACAAAACUCCGACAUCAAUGGAAACAAGAGGAAAAGAGAAGAUGGAGUGAACGGCCACGGUGAGAAUGAAAAUGACGGGAGCAGAGAUGACCACGAAGAUGCAAGGGAUAUUGACUCGUUAUGGACAUACCGAGGAGCAAAACUUCCAAAGAAUGAGGUCGACUCAGGGGACUUAGCAAACUCUAUCGCCAGCACAUUUCAAAUUCCUUCUUACGGCGGAGGGGGCAGUGGUUCGGCCAUGCAGCCGGUGGUCAGUUCGCCCGACGCUGGUGGGGACAGUAAAUCCCACGAGGUGGUCACCUAUGGCGCUGGACACAGCAUAGCCAAUAUGAACACUGCAGUAAAUAACUUAACUUCACCGACUGCUGCCUCAGAAGCUCAAAACAGUUCGUCAGGAAACUAUUCCCCUUCACUUGGUUCUGUAACACCUAUUUAUAAUCGGAUGGAUGUUAAAGUAUUGGAAUCUCAUCAUUUGGCCGAACAGGGAGCUUUUGGGACUAACAACAACAACAACAACACGCCAGCCUCAAUUAACAAUGUCCCAUCAUCCCCCAUGAAAGUCCAGACCGAGGCUGCCCAGGCGGUCGAGACCAGCAACGGUAGUUUGACCGAACUGAAACCCAUUUCUCAGGGAGUUCCCACUCCGCAAUCAUACAACAACAUUCCGUUUAGUUCCACAGGGCAGUAUUCACAAACUAACUACACAGCCAGUCAUACAUCUUAUAGCAAUCAACCCAUGCCUAGUUUGCCGCCUCUGGUUUUGCCUCCAGGCUCUAGUAAUUAUGCCACAGGCCCUGUAACAGGCAGUGAAUAUCCCUCAUACCCGACAGCUUACUCUCAAUACACUGCAGGGUACCCAGACCCAACAUGGACAAUGCGAUAUGGGAUGAAUCCGUCCUAUUACUACACACAUAAUGCACGACCAGGUGAUCCAGCACCAACAGCGCCAGCUAAUGCCGUGUUUAAGUCCUAAGACUAUAUCCAUGUAGUUAUCAAACCGUGAGGGAUGUAACUUACUGUAAAACUGACGUCGUGUAUUGAAUGCACGUAUGCAACACUUGGAGAGUUUUAUUCCACUCUUCAAGAUAGACAAACCAAAUAAACUACUGUCCUCUGCAAAACUUACAGUUUAAUACUGAUAUUGUUGAAUAGGAAUGAUAUAAUGGAAAGUAAUUAUGAUAAUGUGUAUAGAAAGGUAUAGAUUAUGUGUAUAACUAUAUGUUGUUGUCAGGUGCAACAUAGGCAGAGAUGGAAACAUGUAAAUCUCAAGGCUCUGUCUUUUUGCAGCAGCCAUGAUGACUCAGCAUCUUUGUUACACAAUUGUAAGUCUUUAUAAAUGAAUGAAUGCUUUUACAAGGUGCACAAUUCCGUCUGUCAAUGUCACAUGGUUGUCCUGAACAGUGGAGUUACAGGGGCCCGGAGAGCCCACGCUUUUUUGUUUUGUUGAGAUUCUUAUAAGUACCAAAGCUUUGUAAAAACAUUUGUAGUGAUUUGUAACUAGAAAUUUUUAUUUUAUUGAAUGUAGGUGAAAAAAAAACAAACCUUUGUUUUUGACUCUUUUUUUGCUUGUUUUUAGAAGUGGAUGAAAUACUUAUCUCUAGAAGGAGAGAGGAGCUUAAUAAGUGGAAUGCACUAUCCAUUUUCUAAGAGUUGUGAUAUUUAUGUUAAUACCUAGGCAUUUUAACUUACCUGAAGAAUUGUUAUACACAGAUAGUGUAUGUUAAAAUACAACAUGGAAGCACAUACAGUGCACAUAUGUUUCAUUAUUAAAAAGAGUCACCAUUCAAAAAUUAUACGCCAGUAGUACUUUUUAGGCCAGGUGGUGCAUUUGACUGAAAAACAUUUAAAUGUGUAACUCAAUUAACAAAUUAGAACCACACUAAGACCACUAUCAUUAAGAAAUGGGAAUUGAAACUGUACUUAGUAGUUAAAAAAAUCUUUUUCAAAUAUGUAACUGUAUAGUGUAGAAUAAGACACAUUUUAUACUUUUAAAAAACAAAAUGCAGCCAAAAUUAUCCAUGACAGUGAAGGUGCCAGUUGCCUUACCUUUGGUGUUCCUUGUCAACACCGUUAGGGGGAAUUUAAGACAGAUAAUCAGCCAAGUUGUGCUGAGUGUGAGGGGUGCAAGCCAAGGGAUAUAAGGUGUCUAAUUAAGCUCCUGUGACAGAAUGGUGCAAAUGAAGGGAGGUACCUGUUUGGUCCCCAACAAAUUCGGCAAUAUGAUAUUUCUUUGGUGCUGUCCAUAAAAGUCUGGAGACAUGCUAUGGUGCAUAUGUGUGUUUAAUUGAGUAAGGCUCUCUUUUUAAUUUUAAUGUCUGGAAAAGACUCGCUGAGCGAGCUACCUGGCCAGCUUAGAACUGAAAUCCCCUCUAGGUGUUAAGUAUGUCAAUUGGACAAUUUUGUAAUAAGUUUGUGAAGAACCCACUAGUUUUGAGAAGCACCAACUGGUUUAAGGGUCUUUUUUCUGUUUUUGGUAGGUUUGCAUAGACUGUUUUAAUAUACUACAGAUGUUUCAUAUGUGUAAAUAAGAACAUAAUUUUAUAACCAUCAUCAGGCACUUAGAUAUCAGAGUUUUGUUAUUUUCAUUCCCCGAAUAACCAACAUUUCAUCACAAAUUAUUUGGUAGACAAAAACUGCAUUUUUGUAAAGUUAUCUGACUUCUGCAGUUUGCUCUUCAGAUUAACAUAAUGCAUUUUCUUGGUGUUUUCCAAGUAACAAGCAAUUAAGGUGUAGUUAUACAGUUCUGUCCUGGCUCUCCUUUGUGCAUCAUCUAAAUUUUUUUUUUUUUUUUCUUUAACUUUUUUUUUUUACCUUGCAAGCCAGUCUUAAGUUUUACUUUCCCUGUAUGAUCAGUUUGGGAAUUUCCAUUGCUCUUUUUAUUUAUCAUUUUAUAAUUAUCAAUUUAUUUAAUAAUGUUUUAUUUUUCAUUCCAUAUAGAAAUAGGAAAAAAUACUAUCUACCUCUAAGAUAUUUGUUUAAUGUAGGCAAAUUCAUGGAGCAGAACCGUUUACUGGUUUUAUUUAAGUUCUUGUGUAUCUGGCUUUUAAAUUUCAAAUAGAAUAAGUUGGCUAUUGGCCUAUACAUAUUAUCAAGAAUUGAUAUUAUUUUAGACCAUGAGAAUAUAUUUAAGUUCAAUUUACCUGUACUUACGAAUAAGUAAUGGCCUAGAAACAAUGUUUUCUGUUUGUUAUUUGUUAUGUGCAUGUUUAAGAUGUAUCACAGUGGAUAUUUAAAUCAGUCAGUGUUUUUAUUUUUUGACUCAAGCUUUGGGGAUCACUUUCUGAUACCCCCAGCAACUAACAGAAGUAUAGCUGCAGACGAUAUAUAUGCCCGACCAAUCAGUGAGCGUCGUAAACAUCACGUGACCGCAUGUUCUUUUCUAAUUGUUUUCCUAGCUUUAUGUGCAAUUUUACCUAAGUGCAUAAUAAGAUAUUUUGAAAAAUAAAAGCUACAAAAGAUUUCUUGGCGGAUAUGUCAAGAUUCUUAGACACUGUUGUAAGUAGCAACGUACUUUUGUUGUGUAAAAAUAUUGUUCAACUCCCAUUUUCUCUUUUCUCAUCAUCAUUUACAAGAAUAAAAGCUAUAAUAAAGCCUAGCUUGCACCAGA